CUGUCCCGCCCCGCCCCGGCCGUCGGAAUUCCUGCUCCGCCCAAGCGGAGGGGUGGCGGAAGGCCUGAGUGAUCGGCAGUGUAGAUCGCACUCAGAGAACCUGCCUUCAGGAGAAAGGAGGAUUUUGCUGGUCCUUGUUUAGCAGGGGGAGGCAGGGAGCGUUUCUUCGCGAGAGCCCUUUUUCCGGAGGGAGCGGGGGGAGGGCCAGCACGGACGUGGGUCAGCGGCGCGGAAGCGGCGAUGGAGGGGAGGGAACCGCUGGUGGUCUCGGUGGCCCGGCUGGCCGGGGUCACGCGGGAGCAGUUUCUGCGUGACAUCUACCCGCAGAGAAAACCAGUAGUGCUAAAAGGAAUGGAACUGGGCACUUGCACAACCAAAUGGACUGUAGAUUACUUGAGUAAAGCUGAAGGAUCUAAAGAAGUAAAGAUUCAUGUUUCUAUGGUGCCACAGAUGGAUUUCCUCAGUAAGAACUUUGUGUAUAGAACUCUGCCUUUUGAUGCAUUUGUACAAAGAGCAGCUGAAGUCAAACACAAGGAGUACUUUCUUUCUGAGGAUGAAAAGUACUAUUUGCGAUCAGUUGGUGAAGAUGUUAGGAAGGAUAUUGCAGAUAUUAGAAAGCAGUUUCCUAUUUUGGCAGAAGAUGUUCAGAUUCCAGAAUAUUUUGAGAAGGAACAGUUUUUCUCUAGCGUCUUCCGCAUCAGCUCAGCUGGAUUACAGUUAUGGACACAUUAUGAUGUAAUGGAUAACUUCUUAAUCCAAGUAACAGGGAGAAAACGAGUUGUUUUGUAUAGUCCUCGUGAUGCACCGUAUUUAUAUUUAUCAGGUACUAAGUCAGAGGUGCUGGAUGUGGAUAACCCAGACUUAGAGAAAUAUCCCCUUUUUGUGAAAGCCAAGCGCUAUCAAUGUUUUCUGGAAGCAGGAGAUGUGUUAUUUAUUCCAGCUUUGUGGUUCCACAAUGUAAUUUCUGAGGAUUUUGGAGUGGCACUGAAUGUCUUUUGGAAGCAUCUUCCUGCUGAGUCCUAUGAUAAGAGUGAUACUUACGGAAAUAAAGAUCCCACUGCAGCCUCCAGGGCCAUGCAGAUCUUGGACAGGGCCUUGAAAACACUUGAAGAACUACCUGAGGAAUAUAGGGAUUUUUAUGCUCGUAGAAUGGUGUUACGCAUCCAAGAAAAAGCCUAUAGGAAUGAUUAUGGAUAAAAUAACUCCUUGUAAUUCAGCAAGCUCCUGUGAAAGUAGAAAAUUGUAUUAAUAUGAAAACUGUCCAUGUGUACAUACAUACACUUUCUGUAAGGCUAAUAAAAACUACAUUGAUAAA